AUGGCAUCUUUACAUAAUUAUUACAAAUAUUUCAAUUUCAUAAAACCAAGAACGUCGUUAAGCUCACUUAAGAAAACAAGAUACCUAGCUUCCUCCCCCUCCUCAACAUUCACCUCAACAUUUAUAUCAUCGUUAGCAACAAGAGGACGUAGUUUUGCAUCGAUAGCAGAAAAUGAAAAUGGAGUUGAUCCUCGAUUGACAGAAGAAAGAUUUGCAGACGAAACAGAUGUUGUUAUUGUGGGUGGUGGCCCAUCAGGUUUAUCAGCAGCAAUACGUAUUAAACAGCUGGCAAAAGCUGAGGGUAAAGAAGUUCGUGUUGUGGUAUUGGAGAAAGCAAGUCAAAUUGGCGCACAUACACUUUCGGGAGCGGUUAUUGAACCACGUGCAUUAAAUGAAUUGAUUCCUGAUUGGAAGGAGAAAGGGGCACCGUUAAAUCAGGAAGCAAAGGAAGAUCAUUUAAAAUUUCUAACAAAAAAUUUGGCAAUUCCAAUAUUUCCACAUCCACCACAAUCCAGCAAUAAAGGCAAUUAUGUUAUCAGUCUAAAUAAUUUUGUUCAAUGGUUAGGUGAUCAAGCAGAAGCUGAAAAUGUAGAGAUCUAUCCUAACUUUGCUGGCAGUGAGGUAUUGUAUAAUCAGGAUGGAAGUGUGCGUGGAGUAGCAACAAAUGAUAUGGGAUUAGACAAAAAUUUCAAACCAAAAAGCAAUUUUGAGCGAGGGAUGGAAUUCCAUUCUAAAGUUACACUGUUUGCUGAAGGAUGUCAUGGAUCACUUACCAAGACAUUAAUAAACAAAUUCAACCUUCGCGAAGGAAAGCAGCCACAAACCUAUGGAAUUGGGAUAAAGGAAGUUUGGGAAAUAGAUCCAGCCAAGCAUCGACCUGGAUUGGUGGUGCAUACUAUAGGAUAUCCAAUGGAUUAUAAAACUUAUGGUGGUGGAUUUAUGUAUCACAUGGAAAAUAAUAUUGUCCAAGUUGGAUAUGUGGUAGGAUUAGACUAUCAGAAUCCAUAUUUAAAUCCAUACAAAGAAUUUCAGAGAUAUAAACUUCAUCCGUAUAUAAGAAAGUUUCUUGAAGGUGGAAAGGUUACAUGUUAUGGAGCUAGAGCAUUAAAUGAAGGCGGAUAUCAGGUCAAGGGAACUCAUACUGCAAUGAAAUCAGGAAUGCUUGCAGGAGAAGCAGCAUAUAAAGCAUUAGCAUCUAAAUCAGAAACUGGCAAUUCUAGUUCCGAUCCAAUAAUCCUUGAUGAGUAUGAGAAGUCAAUUGAGAAUUCAUGGAUUUAUAAGGAAUUGUAUGAAGUGAGAAAUGUGAGACCCUCAAUUAAUAACCCAUUUGGAUUAUGGGGUUUCAUAGUAUAUUCAGGAUUGGAUACAUUAUUUUUAAAAGGAAGAGUGCCGUGGACAUUUAAACAUCAUGAUGAUUGGGCUUCUUUGAAACCUGCAAAAGAGUGCAAGCCAAUAGAAUAUCCUAAACCUGAUGGUAAGAUAACUUUUGAUCUUCUGGAAAGUGUGUCAAGGAGUGGAACCAAUCAUUCAGAAAACCAACCUGUGCGUUUAAGGUUGAGAGAUGAGAAAGUACCGGUUGAAAGAAAUCUAAAGAUAUUUGAUGCUGGAGUGUAUGAAUUUGUUGAUGAUGAAACGGAUUCGGAUACAAAAAAACGACUACAAAUAAAUUCACAAAAUUGCGUGCAUUGUAAAACAUGUGAUAUUAAAGAUGUGUCACAGAAUAUAGAUUGGGUUACUCCUGAAGGUGGAAAUGGUCCAAAAUAUGUUAACACUUAG